AAUAUGGUGAAAAUGGUGUUGCUGAUGGCAUCCGUAGAACUUCCAAUUUUUAUGAUGAUGAUGAAGAUUUGUACCGUGGCCACAGAAGAUUGGAAACUUGUUUUCAAAGUGGCAACUGGAGGUGUAGGUAGUUUUUAUGACCUCUACGUCGGAACUGGCACGCUAAAUAUGGACAAUAGUGCAGCACAAUCUCUAACAACACCAAUCAAAGAACAUUUCAAAUCAGACAUUAUAAAUUACUGGGAUUCACUACAGAUAGAUCAGGUGAGAGUCUCCGUAUACAAGAAUGGAUCCGAAAGAGCAUUUUUCCUGUUCAACGGAGUAGGGAGCAGUAAGACAAACUGGUUUGCGAAAAACAGAUUACUUAAUACCAGUUACACUGACCUUGACCAAUCAACAACAGCAAACUAUUUCAGUAUCAGCGGGCAUACGGCAUAUGUGGGUAAUUUACAGACUCAAUUUUACCGUCGAUUCUUCAUCAAUGCAAACUAUGCAGGAUGUUGUUGUGAUAAAGGCUGGUUGUUUGUAUCAGAUAUCUAUAGCUACGGGGAUUGUGACUGGGAACACUUGUACCUACCUCAGAAACCGUUUAUUGUCUUCAGUCCACAGUCUACAAGAAGUCAAUAUUCAAAUGACAGAAAUGAUAUUCUAGCAGACACCUUGGCAAUAUUUGUUAAAUUUGAUUCAUAUGAAUGUCCUGUCGUACAAUCAUCCCCAGUACAACUGAAUGAAAAUACCUACUGCUAUUUACCUCAAAACAGCGGUUCUUUACCGGAAACCACAACCAAGAUGGCUGUUGAACAUACUACAAUGGCCGAAAGUGUUCUCCAAGAUAAAGUAGCUAAGCUUAAACAAGAACUGACUGUUAAACCAAAGACUACAAAAAAGUAUUUGAGAUCGAUAGUGAGCGCUCCUGACGAGAGGUAUUCAUCCAGAGCCUUAGGGGUACUUGGUGGAGUUAUUAUUUCUGUUGCGAUUUCAUUCUUUGUGUUUCUAGACAUCAUCGGAUAUUUAUCUAGAGUUACUCAAUAAUCAAUAUUUAUGAUAUGUUAAUAUACCCGGUAUAUUUAGGACCGCAAUUGUACUCCGAACCGCGAUGUUAUGCUGACGUGCCACGGUUAGUCGCUGAAGUGCGUUUUUUCUAACAACGCUUCUAAAACCUAAUCCUUCAUUAUCGACGUUUAGGUG